AUGCUCCUCUUUGCCUUCCUCCUCUUCAUGGGAUGGCCACUGGGCUUCGUUGAGCCCUGGACCUAUAACGUACAGUGCUAUGAGUGUUUGGUGAAAAACACAUUCGAUUGUCCACAUCUUAGAAUAUGCCCUUAUCAUAUUAGGCGCUGUUUUACUGUCUCCAUGCGUUUGAGUCCUCGGGAAAUACUCGUUUACAAGAACUGUACAUUUAACUGCACAUUUAUGUAUAGAUCCGAAGAGCCUCCGGAAGCCCCCAGAAGAAAGUCAAGUCAUAGAAGUAACAGUUUCUAUUUUGUUAGUUGUUGUGGUGCGAACAUGUGCAAUUUAGCAGGACCUAGUAAUCUGGAGAGGGACUUCACAGGAGAUUUAACACUUGAAGAGGAUAUAGAAGAUAAUGCACAAUUGGUGCAAUCAGCUUUGUUCCUGAGCAUCGUCUCCAUUCUAGUCAGGAACACGCUGACCUGA